AUGUCGGGCCCUACAUCGGCGCGCACGUCUACCACCGACCUGGACGACAAGUCUUUGCCCAUAGACUCCGAAUCUCCUACUCCUACGUCAACGCCAUAUGUGGACCAGUAUCAGGAACGCAACUUGUUCUCUUAUCAACAGAGCAAGAAGCUCCUUCGGCCAGCUGAUUGGCAUAUCCUCCCAAUUUUGAUCUUGCUCUAUUUGUCUAAAAACAUGGAUGGCAACCUUGUAUCGUAUGUCAAGACGAUCAACUCGACGUCUGAGAGCAAUAUCCUUAAAGCGCUCAAUAUCACAUCCGAUCAAUAUGCCUAUGUGUCAACUUGUUUCUCUGUUACGUUCUUGCUCUUCGAAGUGCCUAGUAAUAUCUUGAUCAAAUGGUCUACUCCUCGUUUGCACUUCUUCCGCAUUGUCGUUGCCUGGUCCAUCAUUACAGCUUGUACGGCUGCCGUCUCCAAUCUUGCUGGAUUCCUUACUGCCAGAGCGUUCUUGGGUUUGGCGGAAGCAGGUCUCUAUCCUGGAAUGUUGUGGCAAUUGACUUUCUGGUAUCGGCCCGAUGAGAUCGCCGUGAGGAUGUCGGUCCUCGGUGUGCUCGGUCAAUUCUCCGGUAUCCUCGAUUCCCUCUUGACCUAUGUGUACAUCGACGGCCGAGGUGGUCUAGACGGCUGGCAAUGGGUUUUCGUCAUUGUAGGACUGAUCGGUCUAGUAGAAAGUGUACUGGUAUAUUUCUGGUACCCUGAUUUCCCCGAUUCGCCACCCAGUCGUCGUCAAUUCCUCACACAGGAAGAAGGUGCUUUCCUUGUCGCUCGCCUACCUCCAAACUCCGCUCGAUCCUCCGAUAGCAACUUUGACUGGUCUGCCAUCCGUUGCGAAUUGAAAUCGCCUUUACUGUGGGGAUACUCGUUCUCCCAAUUAUGCACCAACAGCGCUCUAUACGGACUAUCAUUUUGGCUCCCGACUAUCCUCACCUCCUUCAGUCUGACGCAAGGCCCCAAAACCCAGCUGUUGGUGAUUCCAUCUGCGGUGGUAUACAUUGCAGUAGCAAUCUCACUCGCUUGGUUCUUGGACAACGACACCAGAAUUCCUCAACCGCUUCUCGCUUUUACUGGGUGUUUCAUCUUGAUUGGGAUCUACAUCGGCAUGAUCUUUGCACAAGCUGCCGGGGCAUGCAUCUUCGCACCUCUCCUUCCACUCCGAGCGCAAUCACUCCGCGGUUCAUCUUCGGCAGCAUUCGCCUUCGCUUUCCAAAACUCUUGUGGCCAACUUCCUGGUUUAUACACCGCCCAGUUCUUCCAAACCAAGUACGCGCCGCGGUAUGCGAUCCCAUUCGGGAUUUGUAUUGCGUUUACAGGUGCUGUAUUGUUUGCGAACGCUUGGAUUUGGUACUGGCAGUAUGAUCUCGAAAAGGAGACUCGCAAGAUUGCUAGGGAGAGACGAGCUGCUGGUAAGAGUGAGGGGGUGGUGGUCGCGCAGGAUGUGAGGGCCCUGUAG